AUGGAUGCGUCGGUCGAUCGCGGCGGCGAUCGGUGGGCGUCGCACUCGCGCGCGCGCGACGCGCGGACGCGCGCGAUGACGCUCACGGAGGCGGAACAGGAGGUGUACGAUCGACAGAUCCGCGUGUGGGGUCUGGAGACGCAGCGAACGAUCGGGGCGUCGAGGAUCUUGGUCAGUUUUACGUGCACAGAAGAGGACGAUGACGAUGACAGAGGUGAAAAGAACGCGUCGUCCACGCGGGCGUCGCGCGGUGUCGCCGCGGAGACGGCGAAGAACGUCACGUUAGCGGGCGUCGGUGCGUUGACGAUCCGGAACGACGAUCGGGACGACGACGCGAGUGCGUACGCGCGCACCGUCGGGAGGGAUGGGAAUUUUUUAAACGUCGAGCGCGCGGAUGAGUAUCGGGCGAUGGGACGAGAGCCGAAAGACGUCACGUUGGCCUCGAACAUGGCUCAGACGUUAUCGGAGAUGAACGCGUUCGGGAAGAUCACGGCGGAGGAUGGAGGCGCGCGAGGGAAGAAGUUGUACGAGGAGGACGCGGAUUACUUUUCAAAGUUUGACGUCGUCGUCGCGUGCGGAUACACGUUCGCCGAGGCGGAAGCGAUCAACGAUCUGUGUCGCACAUCCAACUGUGGAUUUUUUGGUGCGUUCACCGGCGCGUCGGCGAGGUACUUCUUCGCCGAUCUCGGUGACGCGUUCGAGUACGUCGCGGGGUCGGGCGAAAGCGUCGCGGCGGGCGUCGCGCGAUACUCGAGGAUGUCCGAAGCUCUGGGCGCGCGCGCGGGCGCGAACGAUUGGACAAAGUUGAAGAAGCGCGCGUCGAAGAUCCCGCUCGCCCUUCGCGUCGUGCGUGAGUUCGAGCGCAGGCAUUCAAACAGACGCGCGACGGCGAACGAUUGGGACGCGCUCGACGCGUUGCGCCGAGAGCUCGCCGGCGCGUUCGGCGCGUCGUCCGAAGACAUCGUCGACGAGGCGUCGAUUCGCGCCCUGUUACGCCCUGAAAACGACUUCCCCGCGAUGAACGCCGUCGUGGGCGGAAUAUUAGGCCAGGAGGUGCUCAAGCGCGCGUCUCGCAGAGGCGCGCCGAGCGUAAACGCCUUCUUCUUCGACCUCGCCUCUGGACAAGGUUUCGUGCACGAUUUCACCCCGUGA